AUGGCGGAUGGCAGACGAGAUCCUCCACCGUAUGGGCGGGAUCGAGUGCGCGGUGCGAUCGGUUCACACUCACCGUACGAAGCUGGUCCCGGUCGUGGUGGUGGUCAUCCAUCCACUCGAGGGGGUUAUCCACCCCAAGGUGCAACAUAUCAUACGCAAGAGCGGCGCCCGGCAUGGCGCAAUCCAUCGCCCGGUCCCCCGGAUGGACCACCGCUACCAAGCACUUCGGCGGCUGUGUCAACGCCAGCAUUUAGUACAAACGUCCACGAACCACCGCCUCAACCGGCAGCAGCAGUAGCACCAAGUACCAGCGGUUUGCCAUUGAGUCGAAUAAAUCGUCCGACCGGCCGGGGACGUCGUCCGCUAGCAGAUACACUGCGAACCCGUGGUCCUGAUGCACCAUCGAAGCAUGGUACCACUGGACAACCGCUGUUACUGCAAUCGAAUUAUUUCAAGCUGUUGAAACGGGUCGACUGGACACUGUACCACUAUCAGGUGGAGUUUGUACCCAACUGUCCAAGUCCCCGUUUGACACAAUCGCUCGUUAACGAGCACAAAAAGCUUCUGGGCGGGUUCGUCUUUGACGGUGUUCAGCUCUUUACCGCCUGCAAGCUGUCGAGCGAUGAGCUUGUGCUGCACUCGCAGCACGAUCGUACCGGCGAUAAGUACGAGCUACACAUUCAGCGUGUCGCCGUCGUAGACAUGACGGACGAAACCGGUCUCCAGGUGCUGAAUCUGAUUUUGCGCCGAGCGAUGAACGGGUUGAAUCUGCAGCUGGUCGGUCGCAAUCUGUACGAUGCGGCUGCCAAAAUACCGAUCCGCGAGUACCACAUCGAACUGUGGCCCGGCUAUAUGACAAGCAUCCGGCAGCACGAAAACGAAGUGCUGGUGUGCUGCGAAAUUGCUCACAAAACGAUGCGCAUGCAGACUUGUUACGAUAUUUUGCGUGAAUGUCAACGGCAUGACCGGAAUUUUAAGGAUGCUUUUAGGCGGGCCGUACUCGGAUGUGUGGUGCUGACUGGUUAUAACAACAAAACGUACACGAUUCAUGAUGUGACAUUUGAAACGACACCGGAGAGCACGUUCGAUACGAAAAAUGGCAAGAUUUCAUUCUUGGAUUAUUACAAAAACAAGUACAACCUGCGCAUUCGCGACGCUUAUCAACCGAUGUUGCUUUCGCGUGCGAAAAAGAAGGACACACGAUCGGGUGAUAGCGAACUGAUGGCUCUCGUACCGGAACUUUGCCAAAUGACUGGACUAACGGAUUCAAUGCGUUCGGAUUUCAAGAUGAUGCGAGCGAUGGCUGAUCAUACGCGUUUGAAUCCGGAUCGACGUAUUGAGCGGUUGGAAACAUUCAAUCGACGCCUGCAAACCUCACCCGAAAGCCAGGAAGUGUUAAAAGUUUGGCAGAUGGAACUCGACCGUCGUCUCGUCGAGUUGCCAGGGCGGUUGCUUCCACAAGAGAUGAUAUUCUUUUCCACUACCUCCAAUGGUGUACAGGCCGGUGAAAAUGCCGACUGGACAGCACACUUCCGCGACAAUCCCAUGUUUGCAACGGUUCGGUUGAGCCGCUGGUAUCUGGUUGUGCCUGGGCGGUGCCAGCGUGAGGCAGGCGAUUUCCUGAACUGCAUGAUAACGGCGGCCCGUGGCAUGCGGUUCGAAAUCAGUAACUGCGAGAUGGUCCCCAUGCCGGACGAUAAUACGAACACAUACAUACGCACACUGGACGCGAUCAUCAACAAAGACCCGCAGAUGAUCAUGUGCGUGGUGUCGAACAACAAAUCCGAUCGGUACACUGCCAUAAAGAAGAAGUGUUGCGUUGAACGUGCAAUCCCGACGCAAGUGAUGGUACAGAAGACGAUCACGCCAAAGAGUGGCAAUGUGCGCACGCUAAUGUCCGUGGCGACAAAGGUGGUCAUACAGAUGAACUGCAAGCUGGGCGGUGUACCGUGGAAGGUGAAGAUUCCGCUGAACGGUUUGAUGACGAUCGGGUUCGAUGUGUGUCACGAUUCGAAGGAUAAGAGCAAAUCGUUCGGUGCGAUGGUGGCGACGCUCGAUCACGAUAACCGUGGUACGCCGAAAUUCUUCUCCACCGUAAGCCACCAUUCGAAUGGGGAGGAAAUUUCCAACUACUUACCAUUGAACACGGUCAAGGCGCUGAACGAGUAUCGGCGCGAGUUCGGCGAGCUGCCGAAGCGUAUUAUCUUCUACCGUGAUGGUGUUAGCGACGGGCAGCUGCAGUACAUCUACGAUCAUGAGGUGCGCUCACUGGUAGAGAAGCUGGGACAAAUCUAUAAAUCGGCCGGUGUCGAACAGGACGUGCUGUUGACGUUCUUCAUCGUUAACAAGCGCAUCAAUACUCGGUUCUUUGACCAUCGGCUUAAUCCACGUCCUGGUACGGUGGUGGAUAAUGUUGUGACCCUUCCUCAACGUACCGAUUUCUACCUCGUGUCACAGUCGGUUAAACAAGGUACCGUUUCGCCUACUGCGUACAACGUCAUCUACGACACAUCCGGGUUGAAGAUAGACCACCUGCAGAUGCUGUCGUACAAACAGUGCCACCUGUACUAUAAUUGGUCUGGGACGACCCGCGUGCCGGCCGUGUGCCAGUACGCGCACAAGCUAUCUUUCCUAGUAGGCCAAUAUCUGCACCAGUCGCCUUGCAACAUGCUAGAAAAGAAAUUAUACUUCCUGUAA